AUGACGGCCGACAAUAAAGCUGACGUCGAGCUCCACGAGGUUACUGUGGAGUGUCCCUUGAUCACGGCUUCGCAGAUUCAAUCUCGCUUCAACACCUUGCGGGACCUCACCCAUGAGCAGAUGGUGGCCCUAAACCGGAAGGUUGUUAAGAAGAUCGACUGGAGGCUGAUGCCGUGCGUCACCAUUAUGUUUCUAAUGAAUUACCUUGAUCGCAUCAACGUCUCGAAUGCUAGACUAGCCGGACUCCAAGAGGACCUACACAUGAGUGAUACCGUCUGGAGCGCCGGGAUAUCCACUUUCUAUGUGGGUUACUUGAUCGGACAGGUUCCCGGAAACCUUUGGCUGGCCAAGGCGAAUCCAAGUAUUGUGCUUCCAACUAUGAUGUUGGCCUGGAGCAUCGCUACUAUUUGCAUGCCAGCAAUGACUUCGGGUGCCGGCUUUUGCAUUGUUCGUUUCGUUGUCGGUCUGACUGAAGCGCCGUUUUUUCCAGGCAUCACGCUGAUGACAUCUUCCUGGUACAACAAGGAAGAGAACCCCAUGCGUAUGGCCAUCUGGCAUGCCGGAAACACCAUCUCCAACAUCAUUUCCGGAUUCCUUGCUGCGGGCAUCUUGGAACAUAUGGGCAACGUUCUCGGCUUGCAUUCUUGGCAAUGGUUCUUCAUUAUCGAAGGUGCCGCCUCGAUAGCUGUUGCCAUCGCCGCGUUUUUCAUCCUGCCUGAUUGGCCUCACAAUACGAAGUUCCUGACCGAAGAAGAAAGAGAGAUGGCGCAGUACAGGGUUCUAGUGUCGAAUGGUGGUAAAGAGGAAGGCGUUGGGGGAACGUGGGACGGAUUGAAGCAAGCCAUUAGUGAUCCGUUCACCUGGCUCUUCUGUGGCAUGCAUUUCGCGCUCAUCACGGCUCAGAGCUUUAAGGAUUUCUUCCCAUCAAUCCUCAACACUUUCGGCUUCGAAAAGAUGACAACGUAUCUCGUCCAGGCUCCGCCUUAUGCGAUCGCAUACGCAGUCGCCUGCGCUAUGGCCUACUCAUCCGGAAAAUUUCAAGAGUCUUGCUAUCAUAUCGUCGUGCCUAUUGUUGCGAGCGCAGCCGGGACAGCCAUGUUGGUUUCAACCAUGAAUGUUGGAGUGCGGUACUUCGGUGUCAUCCUGCUCAUCAGCGGAACGUACUCGGGGUUGAAUCUGCAACUUUCAUGGGAGACCACUCUCGUUCCCGCCCCACGGAGCAAGAAAGCCGCUUUGAUCGCCAUCGCAAAUUGCAUCAGCCAAACAAGUCACUGGUUCAGUCCCUAUUUCUUUCCCAGGUCCCAAGAACCGUUCUAUCGACUAGGAGGCGGGCUCAUUCUAUUUGGCUGCGCUUUCUCUGCUGCGCUCUGCUGGCUUAUCAAAUGGCGUGCUAAAACACUCAACAAACGUCUCGAUGAAGCGGAAGGAUGGUCUAAGCAUUCGGGGAAUGAGAGAGGCUGGAGACAUGUUUACUGA